AGAAAAUACAGCGUACAUACAAUAGGUCAAACGCGCGAUCAGGUGAUUCGGCCAAUUCAUCGCGUCGCAUUUGACUUUUUCCUACUUGAUAAUUUUUAUUCCCUUUCUAACAACAAUGACUUGAUAGAUGCUAUAAUAACACUUAUUUAUUCGUGAUUCUUGCAUACAAAAGAAUACGCAAUGGAGACUGAAACAUCAUUGGCAUCUCCCGAAAAACGCUUCAAACCAUGUGACUGUUGCGAUUUCAAUCCUAUGGAAUGGCCUUGGAGGAAUGCUAUCUUAAAGAUCCGGAAAUGUAUGGAUAGAUGUGUUUAUUGUGGGAAGAAAUUUUCACCAGCCUCAAGACUGCGAAGACAUCUUAAAAAAUCCAAGGAACAUGAAGCUCAGCAAUUCACUAUUGUAAGUGAAGAUGCCGGUAGACCGCCCAGAAAGUGAGUCAGGACCCUUUGAUUUGAUAAAAAUAGGGUUAAUAGCAGUAUGAAAUCGUAUAGGAAUAUUCAGAAUAGCAUUUCCAGUUUCAAAUCCAAUAGGAGAUCAUACAGCGCUUCUAAUCUCUCCACAAUCUCAGCCCACGAAGAACAAAUAUUACACCUGGAAAGGGAAGCUUUUGAUGAUAAUGUAAUAAGAACGUUCCAAAAGCUCAAUCUAUCCACCGUUCACGAUAUUUCACCCGAAAUGAAGGAGCUAUGGAUAAAAUAUAAUGGUAGAAUGCCUUCAAAACUCGAUGCUCGUCGUUGUUGGACAGAUGAACGACCCAGCGAUGCCAAGCUGUUCGCUGCUACCAUCGAGCAGAUCCAAAACUCAUCUGUAACCUGCACUGUCAUUCAACGAGGGGAGCCUACUGACGAGAAAAAAGCUAUUCAAGCUGUAGCACAACUAGCUUUCCCGGAUCCCUGGAACCCGUUAAAGAUAUUAGAUCUCCGCCUUCCUAUUUUAAGAAAUGAUAUUUUCAUGGUCCCGAACGACUUAGUGUGUUCAUAUGAAGUAGACAACUUGCAGGUUUUACUUACCCCAAAGUAUUCUUGGUCCCAACUACAUUUUGGUACGUUCUUCACAUAUCAGCUUUUUGAACUCGGGAUCUCGACUAAUAAUCACAGAUAAUGCAGAUGGCCUGUCAAGCAUUAUUGGUAAGACAGGCAGGAAGAUUUUUGCGACCUUUCCAAACAGCCCUAACAAUAUAAGACUCUUUCGAAGUACUUUGGGCAGGGAAGCAAAACUCGAAGAAAUUGGCCCAUCACUUGAAGGAGGACUCACAUUCACAAUAACUUCUGAUGAUGCCAUCGAUUUGCCUGGAAACUGCUUCCAUGCAGUAUGGACACUCGAAGGCGGCUUCCUCGCAACAUUGGACUUUACCACACCCAGUACAACUAAAGGCUACUCGAGAAUUAUAUCUGCAGGGUUAGAUGAGUUUAUUGGAACGAUGCGCCAGAAAGAUUUGUUCGAUUGGUUCCUUACGUCCUUAGAGAUAGCUUUUAAAAAUGAGUAUGUGGAUGAUGCCGUUUCUUCAUGGAUUGAAUUGUUGGAUCGCACAACAGAAUGGGCGCAUGGACAUCAUGAAUGGGCAAAAAAAGCAGCAGAUUUAUGUGAGAAGUUUCUGUCAUCGCCCGCUUCAUUAGACCAAAUUUGUCCAUGUGGAGGGGGGCAAGGAAAGGCAUUUAGGCAACACUUUCGAGAUUAUCAUCUUCAAGUCUUACACAAACGACAGCAUAAUAAGAGUAAUAAACCUCAAAAGAAACUAUGUAGAUAAUAUAAUGAAUAAUCCUGAAAAUGGAAAAAUCAACUUCGUUUUGCGUAUAUCAUUUAACGUAUUACAAAGUAAAGAACCAACAGUUGAUGGACUACAAUGUUUUCGUAAAGACCCAAAUUUUCUUUAUUUAGUAUUAUGUCGAAGUCAAUUUGGUUGAUUUCGUGUUCCUGCUGAUAAAAUGACCGAACCAUAGUUGAUCGAAAUUCCGUAUACUUUAAUUUCUUAUAUGUAAUAAAGUCCAGGAAAGGAAAUAGGGUAAGGGGAGCGUUGACUGCAUAAG